AUGCCCAAGUUCUACCUGACGUGGUAUGGCGUGGACUACGGUUCCAAGGGCCACGACACGCCCUUCGGUUCUAUGGAGAUCCUGCAGCUGGACGGGUACCACUCCUACUGCUCCACCGUGCCCCACGAGGAGGUGAACAUCGGCGGCCAAGUGAGCGCCUUGAUCUAUGGGAACAGCAGCCGCUCCAGCGACCCCCUGGGCGCUCAGCCCUCAGACGCCCAAAAGCAGGCCUCCGCGUCCUUCCUCUACCAGGGGGAGUCUACGCUGGUGGCGCGCUUGAGGGUCGAGACACCCACCAACGUGAGCCGGGACUUCCUCUUCUCAGGCAAGAAGUUCGACUGCUUCAGCGAGCCGAAAGCCGAAGCGCCGCACGCGGCGGACUCCGGGGAGUUCCCAGUCUGCGAGCACACUGGGCAAUGCCCUGAGGAUUGGGUUCAGGGGCCCGAAGGGGGCUACUUCUGCCAGACUUCAGAGGCCAAGGCGGCCCACGCGUGCCGUCCGAGCCUUCAGGGGCCCUUCCCCUUGGCGGAUUGCACGGAGCAGUGCAUUAUUGGCACCGUUCUGAGACCGAGCCAACUGAAGGCCGCGGCUUCCGCGCAAACCGGCAAUGCGUCGCUGGAGGAAACGGAGACCACGACGCUGGCCGCUUGGCUGGCGGGGGCCAGCUGUGGAGCUGUUGUAGCCAUGGCUGAAGACGAUGGAGCUGAAGAUGUGGAGGCCAGCUGGGUGGGAGCCGGGCUGCAGCAAGCAGGGUAG